UAGAGCUUUCGCCCUCGCUCAGCUGUGUGUGCGGUGGUGUGUCCGAGGGCAAAAGCGAAAAAGUGGCCGAUACAACCAUGGGACGACGAUAUGUGAUGACGUUGUUUUGUAUUUGUUCGGGUCUUGUCAUCGCGGGAGCGUAUAAUGACGGCGAUCAGGUGAUGCUGUACGUGAACAAGGUUGGGCCUUACUUUAACCCGCACGAGACAUACCACUACUACCAGCUGCCAGUAUGCCGACCAGACAAGAUUGUUCAUCGAAGCCUUACCUUGGGGGAGAUCCUGGAUGGCGAUCGGAUGGCAGAAUCAAUGUACAAGAUCCAUUACAAAGUUUCUCUGGAGAAGAAAGUGCUGUGCACGGUGAACCUGUCAGCCGAGGACUUCAAGAAGUUGAAGGAAGCCAUUGAAGACCUCUACUACUUUGAGUUUAUUUUAGAUGGCCUGAGGUUAUGGGGCUUCAUAGGGCAGCUAGAAGAGGGUUCCUUGAUCCCGCACAAGCACAAACUGUACCUCUGGACACACCUCACCUUCAACAUUCAGUACAACGACAAACAGGUGAUAUCGGCUAAUGUGACAGUGACCGAUGGAGUGCCUAUGCUCCUGGAUGAGAUGACAGCUCCACUGGACAUCACACACACAUACUCAGUGCGCUGGCUGCCCACAAACGUCACCGAACGGGCACCUGGGGGACUGUCCAAACAUGGGCCUCAUGGAUUUUUCUUCCCACAGACGUUGGAGAUCCACUGGCUGUCGGUCAUAAAUUCCUUGGUGCUGAUUGUCCUGCUUCUGGGCUUCAUUGGUGUUAUCCUGACACGUGUCCUUAAGAAUGACAUUGCUCGUUACAACUCGAUGGAAAGCAAGGCUGAAAUGGAUGUAGAAGAGUAUGGCUGGAAGAUCAUCCAUGCAGAUGUCUUUAGGUUUCCUCCUUACAAGAACCUCCUCUGUGCCAUUCUGGGUGUUGGCACACAGUUCCUAUGCAUUGCUGUGGGGGUUCUGCUGAUGGCCCUGCUAAGUGUGUUCAAUGUUCACAACCAUGGUUCCAUGAACACGGCCAUCUGUGUCCUCUAUGCAUUAACAUCCUGCAUAGCGGGUUUUGUGUCUUCCAAGAUGUACCGUCAGAUGGGGGGAACCAACUGGGUCACAAACAUCAACCUGGUCUCCUGCCUCUUCUUCAUCCCUCUGUUUCUCGUGUGGAGCAUCCAGAAUUCAACUGCAUGGGUCUACCACUCCACCCAGGCUCUGCCGGCGACAACCGUUGUGUUGCUCCUGUUAGUUUGGGUCUGCUGCGGCUACCCGCUGACCUUGAUGGGUGGCAUCCUGGGCAAGAACUGUGCGGGCCCCUUUGAGGCCCCCUGCCGAGCCAAGCUGAUUGCACGGGGGGUGCCGCCCGUGCCGUGGUACCACUCGCUGCCCAUCCAUUGCUUUGUGGGUGGCUUCCUGCCCUUCAGCGCCAUCUCGGUGGAGCUGUACUACAUCUUCUCGACCGUGUGGGGCCGGGAGCAGUACACGCUUUACGGCAUCCUCCUGGUGGUGGCGCUGAUCCUCUUCAGCGUGACGGCCAGCAUAGCAGUGGUGCUCACCUACUUCCAGCUCUCCUCCGAGGACUACCACUGGUGGUGGAAGGCCAUCUGCACCGGCGGAGCCACAGGUGCAUUCGUGUUCUUCUACGCCGUGUUCUUCUACUUCUUCCGGUCCAAUAUGGGUGGAAUCCUGCAGGCUGUUGAGUUCUUUGGCUACAGCAUCCUGACGGCAUACGUGUUCUUCCUGUCCCUGGGCACCGUGAGCUUUUUCUCGGCAUACAGGUUUGUGCGCUACCUGUACAGCACCAUCAAGACGGACUGAGUGGCCGCUGCCGUGAACAACGCCCCGUUGUUGCUGCUGUUGCUGCUUCUGCGGCUGCCACCAUUGCGACCAGCAUCUCAUCUGCUGCCGACUCAUUUGCUUUUGGGCUGUGUAGCAUUGUGCGCGGUCGUUGCUGUCAUUUUGCAUUGCUUGCGUUGUGUUUCUUGUGAUUGGGGCAGUGAGCUCGACUGUUGCAUCUCUUUCAAACCUGCAGUUUGCUACCGAAGCCUUUGUUGUCUAAAUUUCUUUCUGCAUUUUUUGUUUCUCUUUCUCUCUCCUUCUCUCUCUUAAGAGUGGGUAGGUCACUCUGCAUUGUCUGCAAGUGAGGAUGUGGAAUGCAAAAGAGAAAAUUUGAAAGAACAACUGUACAUAUUUAAUCUUGAUGUUCUUUGUUGAUGCAUUGGUGAGCUGUUUGUUGUGUUCUAGUGGAUUGAAAUUGACGGAAGAAAGGUGUUCUUGCAUUUUUUGGAUAGGGUUGAAAGUUUUUGUUGGUCAGUAUCCCUGCUGUUGUGGUGUGUGUUGGUCUUUCAAGCACUUCUUCUAGUACGGUUUCUCCUUCCGCACGGUGCUGUCUGUUUUUGGAAAUUAGUGAUCGUGACAUUGCUGUGCAAAGCUCGGCUUAGUGGCAACACCGUGGCUAUACAGUGCACGACCACAAUGUAAUUCUUUUGAAGAAGUGCUCCAAGUGCUAUAGUUUCAGCCAGAGUCUGCACAGUGUAGCCCACCAUAUAUUGAUACGGCAGCUCGCAAAGUCUUUCCGUCAGUGUGACGCAUCAGAAGCUUGCACAAAGUGGCCUUGCUAGUCCCUUUUCCAUUUAUGAUUGCAAGGCCUAAGCCAGAAGUCCGAAAGUACUAACUCGGUCGUCGUUGAAACAGUUGUGUGAGACACAACUAUAUCUGAAAAUCAGUUUUUACACAAUGGUGUACAUUAUCAACUCUAGCGCACAAGUGUAAUCUGUCAGGCUUUCUUCAUGUGUCAUCACACGCUCUUGGAUUGCCGGAUGAUCACGUUUGUUAAUAUAUAGCUAAUAUUUGAGGUUUAUUUUAAGGUAACAAUGUUCCUGUCAGGAUAAAAUUGAGCCUAUACUUGAAACAUUUCGUAAUGCGAGUGUACAUGAGGAAGUGACAGAGAACAAAGCUAUAGAACAUUGCGCCUUUUGUUACUGAAGCUUUGAUGUGCACUUUCUUACUACUUAAGCCCAAAAGCUAAAAAAGAAUUUACAUGUUGAUAGCUGGAAUGUUGCCAGCAGUUUCAUUGUCUUCGGUGUUGUCACUGUUUUUUGCAUACUUUGUGGCAGGCAGACUGAAAGUAUACCUGGCUUUAGGCCAUAAUUUGAAAUGCAGAUUGACUUGUAUUACAUUUCGUUCAGCAGUUUUCUUCGUGUUUAGUCUCUGAAUAGAUUGUUCACCUUUAGUAUUGUUGCUGUGAUCACGUAGCACCUAUCUGAAGCACCUCCAGGGAGCAGAGAAUAACUUCCAACGCUCUUGGCACUUGUGCACCUUAUUGUACCUGUUGUUUUCUGACCUGACAACUACUUUUGCUGUGUCUCAGUGCCAUGUUACAUAGAGGCUUGCAGUGCAGACUGUAUUUGAAAAUCCUGAAACGGCUCUCUGUCAUGGGAGCAUGAAUGCACCUUUUUGCGCACAAUACGAGGACAAAGAAGAGGCUAAGACACACGAACGUACUACCCUCGUGUGUCUGAGGCUCUUCUUUGUCCUUGUCUUGUGUGCAAAAAGCUGCAUUCAUGUACUACCUCCCCAAACAGUCAGCUUAGUUAUAAGAGAGCGCAGAGUUUAAGAUUGGCUACACAUAGGAGCUGCAAAAGCUGCAUUGCUUAUGGACUUAUGUAGCGGUCACAAUUCUUUUGUGAGAUAUUAGGCUGCCCCAAAUGCGCGUGUCCUGGUGAGAUCUCAGCUGUUGACUGACGUGCUGGAAAGAAAUAAUAAUAAGGUUGUUGGUUAGCAUGAAGUCAAUUUGCAGUUUUGUAGUACCGAGCGAGCCUUCUUUCAGAAAGCCCAUGACAUAUUCAGUGUUUUUGAUACUGCACUUGCACCUUUUUUUUUAUUAAAUACUGAAUUCUUGCUUCUACUUGCUAUAGCACCUUCAGUCCUGGCCAAAGUCUCUUAAAGGGUGCAAGGAGAAUUUAAUCUCUAAAAGAGGUUUUUGGCAUCAAACAGGAAUGCACAAAAAGCUUUUCUUUCUUGAAAUAUCUCAGCCUUUCUCGAGAAACCUUCACUUGUACUGCCAGCUGGUCUGGCAGCCAAAGGCACAGUGACGUAACAUUUUUGCUUUUGACGUUGCAACUUUGUUUUCUUGAUGUGCUGCACUGCCAUAACAGUUCCUGGUCAGAACUAAAGCUAUUUGUUCAAUUUUAGCUUUUACAAUAAUUUAUAUUCUGAAGUGCACGUCUUGCUGUUACUGUACCACAACCGUAGUUGCUUUCAUUACUACUUGACCGUAUCAUGUGCUCCCCCGUUGAUGUAGCGUACUUGCACGUUUGUUGUUUUCAGUGCACUAGUGCCUAACCGCAGUACCAUGUCUCGUGUCCUCACGGGAAUAUUGCUGCACACACAGUUGGUCUCACUUGCACGUUUUACACAGCUUGGGGGCAUUUAUUCAUGUUGUUAGCAGGUUCCCGUCCUUAUCGGGUGAUGGAGUACAGACUGUCAAAAGUGCACUUGUCACUGCAUGUAUAUUACAAGAGCCAGUGAUUCUGCUAGGUCUCGCUGCGGGUCUUAUGUGGCAAUCCUGGUAAUCCAAAGGCUUGAAGGAUGACAGAGAGCUUCAUGACUAAAGGUCAUGACUGCCCAGGUCAUUGAACUACAGAAGGUGCAACUGCGGUUGCAUUGCACAGGCCUGGAAUCAAGCCCCAAUUUUAUAGUGUGGGGCCUUUCUAUACCCUUGACAAAGUACACAUGUCACAUCCAAAUGGCAACAGUGAACUUGGCUAUGGAUCUCUGUAAAGCAGUCAUCUGGCUCAAAAAUGCAUGUAGUUUGUGUUCCUGGCAAGCUUUUGCACGGAUCGUCUAGGCAGGAUUUGUGAACAUAUAUGUUGUUACCGCACCAACCAGAACAGUCGGCAUUCGUGGUCGUCUCAUUCCUUAGAACCCCUUACACUGUAGUAUUUAGCGUAAGGCUUUUCUGAAAUGAUGUUGCGCAUUUAGAUUUGCUAGAAUAAUCUUUGGCAUUUAUGACUUGCAGAAAGGAGAUGAAAGAUAUAUUAGAACCAUAUAAUUGGUCAACUCAUUCUCCCAACACGUAACUGCAGGUGACUUGUUUUCUUUGGUGGCCACUCCCUCGGAAAUUAAUCGCCCUCCCUUAAAUAUAGUAUUUAAUAAAGCUUGUGCCCUUUGUGCAUAUCAGUAAGUUGAUGGCACAUUAGUUGACAAUGCCUAGCAGUUAUGUGGACUUCUGUGGAUUAUCCGUAUGGAGUAGCACAAACAUUACUUUGCAGGCAAAGCAUAUUGUGGUCUACUAAUUCGAUUGGGACAUUUCAAAGUGAACAGGUUCAGUUUAUUGUGUUGUAGUCUGGAACUCAUUCCCAUAAUUCACUAACGUGCAUAUGGGUUAAGUCACUGGUGCUUCAAAGUUUAUCACCUGGGCACACUUUAAAGCUAGUCACGUUGUGUCUAGAUCAAGUAAAAUAAUCAGAUUGUGGUAGUCUGUCUAUGGAUGUCAUGCACACAUGUGUCAGGUGUCUGUGUGAUCUUCAGGUAUAUGUGUGCAGUUGUGUUCAAUUGUGCAAUUAUUUGUUUUUCUACUUGUUGGGUACGGAAGAAUAUGUGCUUACAUAGGAAUGUUUGCAGUGUGAAGCAUGUUAACUAAUAAAACUGAAGAAAACCUUUA